AUGUCCGCCAUUCUGGGUCCCAACAUUGGCCGCCGAUGGCGGUCUUCACGCUCUCGCUCGUGCUCGCCUCCUCCUUCAAGACAGCUUUCCAUCCGGGGUCGGUCACCAUCGCCACCACUGCCGUUGGGAGAGGCUGCAUCUAGGGGACGCCCGCCCUUCUUCAUGACUCCUCCGACGGCCAAGCGGCCGAAGAAACCGCCCCAAGAGGCCAUCGACAACUUCUGGGCCAAGUUCACCACCAAGACGCCUGGCAAAGCGACUACCGUCAUCCCCAAGAAUCAGUUCGUCAGCAAGAUGAUCAAGAAGCCCGAGCAGAGCCCCGGCUCCGACGGCAUGGGCACGACGGCAGACGCCACAGCCUCCCCUACUGUGCACAGCAAGACGACGGCUCAGGCCAGCUACGAGGACGCGGCGGCCAUGUGCCGUGCCAAGGUGGCCAAGAUUGUCAAGGAGUGUCGCCGAGUCAACAAAAAGUACCGCGACCCGCACUUCGACCUCGAAUCUGACCUCAAGCUCGGCCGCCGCGACACCUUGCAGUCGCUCUCCAACCUCCGUGGCCGGCCUGGAACGCCUCCAGGCCACGACUUUUGCCCUCGCAGCGCAAAGCGUGUCACCGAAAUCUUUGACAAGCCACAAUUCUACAUCGAGGGUCCCACGGCAAACGAUGUCAGGCAGGGUCGUGACGGGGACUGCUGGCUUAUGUCGGCCCUGUGCACCCUGAGCAACAAGGAGGGGCUGAUAGAGAGGCUGUGCGUCGCCCACGACCCCGAUGUCGGCGUCUACGGUUUCGUCUUUCACCGCGAUGGCGAGUGGAUUUCGGAAAUCGUCGAUGACUUUCUGUAUCUUACAAAGUCGGACUAUGACGAGAGCUACACGGAUCGGGUGCUGUUUGAUGAGUGCGAACGCAUCAACCCCGAGGAAGCAUAUCGCAAAAUCUACCAGUCCAACAGCGGCGCUCUGUACUUUGCCCAAUGCGAGCAUCCGCAGGAGACUUGGCUGCCGCUGCUCGAGAAAUGCUACGCCAAGGCGCACGGCGACUACGCUGCCAUUGAAGGCGGCUUCGGUGGCGAGGGCAUCGAGGACCUCACUGGAGGAGUGACGUCGGAGAUAUUCACCACGGACAUUUUGGACAAGGAGCACUUCUGGGCCGAGCUCCUCAUGGUGAACCAAGAGUUUCUCUUCGGCUGCAGCACCGGCGUCUGGGGCGGGUCGACCUGGGGUGAGAGAAAGGGCAUCAUGGAACUGCACUCAUACUCGGUCCAGAGAGCCGUCGAGAUCGACGGUAAACGUCUCAUCCGCCUCAAGAACCCCUGGGGAAAGGGUGAAUGGAAGGGUCCCUGGAGCGAUGGGUCCAAGGAGUGGACGCCGCAGUGGCUCGAGAAGCUCAACCACCGUUUCGGUGACGACGGGAACUUUUGGAUAGCGUACGAAGAUCUCCUGCGCAAGUACCAAGCUUUUGAGCGCACCCGACUCUUCGGACCCGACUGGAGCGUGGCCCAAAUCUGGACCACCUUGAACGUACCUUGGAUGGUCAACUACCACGACACGUAUUUUUCUCUUUCCAUUUCGAAACCUGGACCAGUCAUCCUCGUCCUGUCUCAGCUUGACGAUCGAUAUUUCCGGGGGCUGGAAGGCCAAUAUGGGUUCGAGCUGGCCUUGCGCCUUCACAGAGCUGGUCACGAAGACUAUAUUGUUCGCAGCCAACCUCCGUACCGCAUGCGGCGCUCUGUCAAUGUCGAGCUGGUACUGGAGGCAGGUGACUAUGACGUUCGGAUCAAAAUCAAUGCCUGCCGAUCGGAACACUUCUUGCCCAUCGAGGACGUCAUCCGCGACAGUGCCAAGAGUCGUCGGGAAAAGCUCACACGCAUAGGGCUAGCCUACGACCUUGCGCAUGACAAGGGAAAAAUUGCGGAAUCCCCAGGAGAAAGGGCGAUGAGAGAGGCACACGAGAAGAGAGAAUUGACAAAGAAGCGGGAGGAGAUCAAAAAGAAAAUCCAGUCCAACCGGGAAGAGGAACAAUACCUCAAGAAGAAGCAGUAUAAAAGAGAUAAGGAGAAGCAUCGGAAAGCGAGAGUACGCCGGAGAGUCAAGACGCGAGUAGCGGCGGCUGGGCGGUUGAAAAUGGCGGCGGAUGUGGGCGACAGUAUCGUCACAGGGAGUGGUCUUGAGCCCGUUGAUGUCCCCAUAUCGAAGAAAAAGCCAGCAGUGGCAACGGAUAUCGAUGAGACUGCAGACAAGGCUAACCCUGAGACCCCGGCUGAGAGGAAGUCGGCUGCCUCUGGAGAGCUCUUCGGCAGAGAGAAUGCUGCCAGCGCUAGUACUGCUGAUAGGCCUUCAGGCCAGAACCCAGUGGAUAAAAAUGUGCCAGCCGGUACCGAAUUUCCAAAAGAGGCCCAUCAGCUACAGCUAGGGACGACGUCGGCCCAGGAAAAUAAGGAGAAUGCCGGGGACGUGCCGAACAGGAACGGUGUGGAGGGAAGAAAGUGUAAUGAUCCGGCCAUGAUGAUACCAAAUGACAUACCGCAGCCGCUGACUAUGGCCAACAUCGAGUACGACUCUGGCAGCGACGACAUGUUUGCCACUCUCUCAGAACUCUCAGAUCGGGAGCUCGACAUCAAAGCCGACUUGUACCUCGAGGGAAUCCGACGCGUGAACGCGUGCCCAGCGGAAGUGAAAGCUCUGGCUGACGAAGCACUGGAUGAGUUCGAGCUCGACCCGUGGAACGCCGUUGCCGUCGUUGGCCUGCGCGUGUAUCACCAGGUGGUAUUUCCUGACGCGGACGAGGCCAAACAGGGCGCGGAGGCCAAGAGAGACGUUGUCAAGCUGAAAGUAAUACGUCCGAAUCCCUACGCCAUCAGUGACGGCGACGAGGAGGAGAGAAAGAGCAAGGUACUGGAUGUUGACGAUAGCGCCAAGGAUGCGACCCUUGCUGGAGGGAUGGUGGACCGCACAAAGAGCAAGACGAGCGGCAAUGGACGGCAGCCGUAUUGA